UCAAGUAAAUGUCUCGACGGAACAGAACAAAAUGUUUAUUUACUAUUAUUUUAAACGUAUAUUUGUUAUAUUCAAAAGCAUUUUCUUUGAUAAAUUAAUAUAGCAGUAUUUACUAUAUUUCACUUUAUGCUAUUAGGCAGAUGUCUUUCAGAAAUUACAUUGUGUCGAACAUAACGAUUUAUAUAACGAUGAAUUAAUUACAUUAUCGUCGAGAUAACUUGUCCAAUUGAAAAUUGGACGUUAAGCAAUCGAGUUCGUUCAUCUAUUUAUUCCGUUUUUGUUUUCCUCUUGUGGCAAUUACCGCCAGCUUGUCCAAUACAUUUAAGUAGUGUAAAACAACAAAAAUAGAAAUUGUUAUGCAAUGUAGGCAACGAGAUUAAAAUCGAAAUUCGUAUUUUUAUGAAUAAAGUGAAACUGAAAUAUAAAUUCUAGAAUGUAAAAGUUUAUUUAUACGCGAUGGUUUAUUCAAAAUUUUUCAAUCUGAAUUUUUAAAAGAAUGUAUUAAAAAUUAGUAUGUGAGAAUAGCUUCUAUAAGAGUGAAUUUUUAUCAACAUAAUAUUUUAUACGGCGUAAUAACUUUUAUUUCGUAUAUUGACGGACAACGGUGAAGCAGAAGGGGAACUCCCAACUCGGACAAACACUCGGCUAAUGAUAUGUAAAUAUGGCGGAGCUAAUCAAGCGGCUGUGCCAACAGGAUGCAAGAAGAGAUCGGUAGUGCCGUGCGAGCGUUCGAUAGCCAAUGCAUUUGCGCUGGCCUGCACACACGUAUCGUGACGCAGUAACUCGCGUACAUAUUUAAUGGUCGCACGUUAAUUGCGCUCUGUUUGCCCAUUCCCCAUUCUACGCUUCAUCCCCAUACCUACAAUCAUUCUCGUCACCCUUCCUCUAUCUACGCUUCUUCUUUGUUAGUUUCUGUCGGAGUUUAAUUUUAACUAAUUUAUCUCGGACGCUCAAUCGUUUAUCAUCGAAAUCGUAAAACACGAAUCACGAUAGUUAAUAGAUUUUCUUCAAUAGUUUAUAAUUUGAUUUUUUAAUUAUCAUACAAUUCAUAAUAGAAACAGCGAUAAUGUUUUCCUUAUACUACUAUUCUAUAUUUAAAACAUGAAUAGUUUACCUAAGCGAUAAGCAGCGGAAAUGACGAUUCAAAGAUAAAGUCACUUGGAAGGCAGUUACCGCUCGAAUGUUGAACUUUUAGUUCGGUAUUCGAACGCUAGAUGGACAAACGUCGGUGUCAUUUUUCUACGUGAAAUUCAAAUCGAGGUGGAGUUCACGCUUCUCGUGCGGGUCAGACGGUAUUCGCUUCCUACGAUCGAUCAAAUUGUAACUUCGUAAUAGAAUGUGUGCAGUGAAAUAUAACCACUUCCAGAAUCAUCGAUUAGAGACCUACUGCGGGCAAAGCUAUUGUAUCGCAACGGAAACCAAUCUUGGCUGAGAAUAACAAAGCUGGUGUAGUGGUGUCACGUGACGGAGGGAAUCUGGAGAAUCGUUCUCGGCACAAGGUAUCCGUGGAAACUGGCUCGAGCUUCGAACUCUGUUAGACGGCGCUCUAGCCGAAAUCACGAUGACGAUGGACGUGAGCAAGUCGGAGCCGAGUAAAAAUGGCGCGACGCAGCACGAGUGCGCUGGUUGUGGGAAACCGAUCACGGAAAGGUAUCUCCUCAAGGCCAUGGACCUGUUCUGGCACGAGGACUGUCUCAAGUGCGGGUGCUGCGACUGUAGGUUAGGAGAGGUCGGUUCUAGUCUGUUCACCAGGGCCAACCUUAUCCUCUGUAAAAGGGACUACCUCAGGCUGUUCGGGAAUCCGGGACAUUGCGCGGCUUGCAACAAGCAGAUACCGCCGUUCGAGAUGGUUAUGAAGGCCAGGACGAACGUCUAUCACCUGGAUUGUUUCGCCUGCCAACAGUGCACUCAUCGGUUUUGCGUGGGCGAUCGAUUCUAUCUGUGCGAGAACAAAAUCCUAUGCGAGUUCGACUACGAGGAGAGGCUCGCGUUCGCCAAUAUGUCAGUACAAACACCGGCCACGCUGGCGUACAUCAAAAGGCAACUGCCCCCAGCGCCGACACCGCCUGGCCAGAACAUGCAUCCGGGUCACAAUCCGCUGCAACCUCAUCAGGGACUUGGCCAGUCGGUGGGUCAACACAAUCACGUGUCCAACGGACAAAUGUCGGGGAGCACACCGAUGGUGAACGGGACGGCCAUAGGCGUGGGCGGCCCAAGAGCUCCAGGGGACAUGAACAACAACGGUUUGUCGGGUCCUGCCCUCGGCCCGGUCAAGCCACCGCCAANGUCUAUGCAGGCGCCGACCAGCUGAAACGAGGUGUCACCCCCCUUGAAGAAGCUCAGAUGUCUCAGCGGUUAUUGAGGCUGUUCACGCUGCUGACCCAACAGACGCACGUAACGGCGCACGGACACGAAGAGAGAAAAUUAAAACGCGAAAGUGAACG